GAAUGAAUACAGGAAGUGAACUGCGUGAGACUGCAAUUUGACGUUCGUGUAGACGUUUACCAUUUGUGAGGACCUAACCAGCAUUAUUAAAUCUCAGAGCCAAGAUGGUGGACUCCCAGUACUACCUCCCAAAUGACAUUGGUAUUUCUGCACUUGACUGUGGCGAAGCCUUUCGUUUGCUCUCACCUCAGGAGAAGAUGUAUGCCCACAAUCUGUCACGAGCUUCUUGGUAUGGUGGUCUCGCCGUGCUGCUGCAGACAUCCCCAGAGUCUGCAAACAUCUUUGUCCUGCUGCAAAGAGUCUUCAGAAAGCAGACCCCAGAACAGCUGGAACAGGUUGCUAAAGCAGCUGGUCUCAGCUCUGAGGAGUACCAGGCCUUCCUGGUAUAUACAGCAGGCGUGUAUGCAAACAUGGGCAACUACAAGUCUUUUGGAGACACCAAGUUCAUCCCAAAUCUACCAAAGGACAAGUUGGAUGCUCUGAUGAGAGCCAGCCAGGCGUUUCAGGAGAACCCCAGUGAGAUGGAGGCUCUGUGGGACAGCUGCUCGUGUCUCAUGUACUCGCUUGAAGACAGACAGAAACAACUUGGCUUGGGUGACAAGGGAAUUACCACCUAUUUCUCAGGGAACUGCUGUCUGGAGGAUGCAGAGCUGGCUCAGAGGUUCUUAGACUCAAAAAAACUCUCUGCUUACAACACGCGUCUGUUCAAGAAAGACGGUGGAGGGAAACCCUGUUAUGAAGUGAGAUUGGCUUCAGCUGUGCAGAAAGACUGUGCAGUAGAUGGGGAGUGUGAGUCUUGCUUCGGCACCUUCAGCUUUGAGGACAAAGAGUUUAUUGUGAAGAGGGGAGAUUAUCAUCCAAUUAUGGAAAAAGUCUGUUAUUACCUCCAACAAGCACAGGCCUAUGCUGCCAAUGAGAACCAAAAGAAGAUGCUGGAACAGUACCAGCGCAGUUUCACUCUUGGAUCUAUUGAAGCUCACAAGGAAGGCUCACGAUACUGGAUCAAGGACAAGGGACCAAUUGUUGAGAGUUAUAUUGGGUUCAUAGAGAGCUACAGAGACCCAUUUGGCUCCAGAGGAGAGUUUGAAGGCUUCGUUGCGGUGGUGAACAAGGCGAUGAGCGAACGUUUUGCCAAGUUGGUGAGUUCUGCAGAAGUCCUGCUCCCUGAGCUGCCUUGGCCCCAGGAGUUUGAGAAAGACACGUUCCUCAAACCUGACUUCACCUCGCUGGACGUCCUCACGUUCGCCGGGAGUGGAAUCCCAGCUGGCAUCAACAUCCCAAACUAUGAUGACAUCAGACAGUUGGAAGGAUUUAAAAAUGUGUCUCUUGGUAACGUGCUAGCUGUAGCCUACGCUACGCAGAAAGAGAAACUCACCUUCCUUCAAGAGGAGGACAAGGAUUUAUUCAUCAAAUGGAAGGGCCCUUCCUUCGAGGUGCAGGUUGGACUCCAUGAGCUGUUGGGCCAUGGAAGUGGGAAGCUGUUUGUCCAGGAUGACAACGGCAAGUACAACUUUGAUCAGAGCAAGGUGAUCAACCCAGAGACAGGGGAGCUGGUGUCGACUUGGUAUCGGGGAAGUGAGACGUGGGACAGCAAAUUCUCCACGAUCGCCUCUUCUUAUGAAGAAUGUCGCGCAGAAUGUGUCGGCCUCUACCUGUGCCUCAACAAACAAGUGUUGAGUAUUUUUGGCCAUGAAGGCCAGGAUGCAGAGGAUGUGGUGUACAUCAACUGGCUGAGCAUGGUCAGAGCUGGACUCUUGGGCCUGGAGUUCUACACACCUGAGCGCAAGAGCUGGAGACAGGCUCACAUGCAGGCCCGUUUCGUCAUCCUGUGUGUUCUGCUGGAGGCCGGAGAGGGCCUGGUGGGCCUGGAGGAAGUGACGGGCCAGGACGGCAAGCCUAACGCACAGAUCACACUGGACCGGAGCAAGAUCCACACUGUGGGCAAGAACGCCAUCCACAGAUUCCUCUGUAAACUGCAGGUCUUGAAGUCAACAGCUGAUGUGGACGGAGGCAGGGCUCUUUACGAAGGUUACUCCACCGUCAGCGACUCGGGCGCGCACAGCUUCCUGCGACUGCGUGAGACCGUGCUGCUGAGGAAGGAGGCUCGCAAAAUGUUGGUCCAGGCCAACACCAGAGUCAGUGGGGAGAGCGCUGAGCUGCUGGAAUACGAAGGCAGCGCGGCGGGUUUGAUUCGCUCCUUCGCCGAGCGUUUCCCAGACGACGCAGAGCAGGUGGAGGCCGACCUGCUGGAGCUGAGCAAAAGAGACGCCGCCUUCUGGUGCUGAUGGAUUAUCUGCUGCACAGGUUUCUAAAAACAAACCGCUCAAAUCUCAUUUAAAGGGGUUUAAAAAGGCAGUAGGAAGACUAAGUAAACCUUCAAAUAAAGCCAUGGGAAUCAAAGAAGUUUGUAACAGCUGGCAGUGACGCGUUCUGUACGCGUGUUCAUUUAAUCGUUGCUCCAGACACAAACUAAUGAACCGAUUAUUAAAACGCCUCAUUUAGGAAACGGGAACAAACUGUCGACCUCGAACUGAUCAAAGGAUUCUGGAGUAAAAAAUACUAAAACGAAUCUUGACAAAAGAGUCCCAUAAUGUUUUGUUUUUACCUUAGUGAUGUGGCUGAACUGAUUCUAAAAAUUUAAUUUCAAUGUUUGUGCAUCCUUCGUGUUGAUUUGACAGUUUUUUACGGUUAACU